AACAUAAACACAACCAUAAUUUCUAAGACAUAUCCUAGGAAGAAAGAAAAAUGGAGAAUAGGAUGAUUUCUUCCAUGUUCGUCAUGAUGUUGUGUAUGGCAUCAUCAUGCCUCAUACCGACAGCCUCAGCCAUAGCCGGAAGAGCCUCCUUUUACACCGUUUAUACACCUUCUUCGUGUUACGGGUUUGAGGACCAAGGAACAUUGAUAGCAGCAGCGAACCCUUCAUUGUUCAACAAUAAGGCGGCGUGCGGAAGGAUGUACAGGAUCACCUGCACCGGCCCAACAAACCAAGGCGUCCCACAACCGUGCCGUGGAAGCGUGACAGUUAAGAUAGUGGAUCUUUGCCCUGGAUGCGCUGCCGAUCAGUUUGAUCUGUCUCAGGAAGCUUUCUCCGCCAUCGCUGAUCCUAAUGCCGGUGUCGUCACCAUCGAUUAUGUCCAGGUUUGAAGCUGAAUUUGAAUGGAAUUAAUUGUGGUUUAAGGAUGUUAUCUCCACAAAAUAAAUUGUUUUUCAUCUCCUUUUCCUUGUCACAUGUUAUGUUGACAUAUAAUAUAUGUCAAUUGAUUACUAUAAUAAAUAAGACUGGGGUUUUAA